UCCUGGGAAAUUUGUUUGUCUUUGAAAUCAUGAUUAUUUGAUCGUGAAUGAGGAUAUUGACAAAAAGAUUUUUUUUUUUCCGUGGUUUAUCAUUUACGCAACGUCCACUGGCUUGCUAUGACACUAUUGAUCACGAUAUGUUGUCUUUUUUUCUUCAAUUGUGUUGUUUUUAAAAUUUUUGUCAAUAUUACGCCAAGUGUUUAGAAAAAUGAUUAUUUAUUUAUCUUUAAACUAAAACCCCAAGUAGAUAGAAAUGUUUGUCUAGCCAGAAGGAUCCAUGUGUUACAGUUCUCUUUAUCGGUGAACAUGGUUGUUAGAAUUGGGAUUGCAAUUGUAGAAGCGUGAUUUAACAAUUUUAAUCCCUCUGAACAGAUCUUAUUGCUCGUGAAGUUUUAGUCAGAAUGUAAUUGUUCUAAAAUUGAGAUUCAAGCUUUAUUGUUUGAUCCAAUGAUUUCACAAUCAGACCCAGUUUUAAAUUUAGGGCCCAGUCUUGACCUACUUUUAAAGUUAGUGAUGGUUGAAUCUUUUCUUUGUUGACUGCCAUCCCUUUUUACGAAGAGCAAGACAGCUGCUUCUCAAGAACCUUAUCUGCUGUUCUAUUAUUCUCUGUCUUAGCAAGUUUUCACACGCCAUUGCUGUUUGAAGUUCUAUUUUUUGUCUUAGCCACCGUUUUUUCAUUGUUCUUUAAUUUUUCUUGAAUUUGUUUUUCUAUUCGCUGUUGUUAUCAGGUUUUAGUGUUUUGGCUUUUACUGUUUUUUGUUUGAACGCAGCCUCUCUUUUCUAACUCACGCCCACCUGUUAUUCUCUUUCCUUGUUCACAGUACUGAACUAAUUGAAGAUGAAUUAUGGGUUAUCUCUUAUGAAUACUUUUGGAUGACAUUUUUGGAAUAUGGUUUGUAUGUACCAGUUUGCAUUUAUAUGGAUUUUUAUAUGACUUUUUUGUAAAAUCAUACUAGAUCUAUGAUUGUUUUAGCCUUUUUUUCCGGAUUUUAACUCCAUUGUCGAAGAAGAACAAAUACAUAGCCUAAAUGAUUGUUGGAAAAUCUAAAGUAAACAAGAAAUUAUGGGUUUGUGCCAACUGACCUCACCCUAGUCCGAAUUCAGUUCCAAUCCCUAAAAUCCCACCCUGGCUAUGAGCUUUAAAUUAAAAACCUGAAAAAGUCACUUGAAUAUUUUUUAAUCAUAUUAGUAAUUUGCACAUCCCACAAACACCCAACUAUUUGACCACUGACCUCUGGUGUGCUAUUUUGGCUAGCUUUCAGCUGCAAGUACUUACCCUCAUCAUUUUGCCUUGAUUCUUUGACUUCUACUUCUCAACCUUGUUCUUGUUUCUGUCUAACUCAACUACACGUCCGCCAUCUGCUGCAAGGUUUUGGGAGACUAAAAUCAUCUGCUACCGAUAUCACAAGUGUGGAUUCUCUUUUGUUAAGGAGAAAUUUUUUGUGUUGGUUUUGGAGUAUAAAUGGACACCAAACGAUUCAUCCAGAUGGUUGAGGAGAAGAAAAAGAAGAUCAUGGAGAGAAAGGAAGCCCCUUUGAAAUGGGAGCAGAAGCUGGAAGCUGCUGCUGAAGCCAAAGAGAGAAAACUUAAGGUUACAAAGCAUAGAAAAAGGUCAGUUUCUGAUAGUGACAGUUAUUAUGACAGUGAUGAUGAGAGUAAUAGGACAAGUAAAAGAUCUCAUAGGAAGCACAGGAAGCAUUCUCACUAUGACUCUGGUGACCAUGAGAAAAGGAAAGAAAAAAGUUCGAAAAGGAAAACAAAGAAAUUGUCUUCAGAGUCUAGUGAUUUUAGUAAUGAUGACUCCGAGAGUAGCUUUGAGGAGGAGAGGAGAAGAAAGAAGAAGCAGAGCAAGAGGCUGAGAGAUCGAGGUUCAAGAUCAGAUUCAAGUGACUCUGACGAAGGUGAAAGUACGGUUCGGAAAAGAAAUCAUGGAAAGCAUAGCAAACGCCAUCGACGAUCAGAGUGUAGUGAAUCUGACUUGUCAAGUAAUAAAAGUGAUGAUGCUCUACGAAAGAAAGGCCACAGCAGGCACCAUAAACAUCAUAAGCGAUCACAUAACGUGGAUCUGAGGUCGUCUGAUUCCGAUUAUAACAGUAAUGUUCAAAGAAGCAGAUCAAAGUCAUUAGAAGAAAAUUCCGAAGAUCAAAACAAAAGAUCAAUGCAUAAGAAGCCUAGUCGCCAUCAUCGUCAUCACCACCACCAUCACCACAAACACAGGUACCACUUGGAUGAUGAGAGAAAUCACAGGCGGCAGCACUCCCCGAAAUCUAAUGACAAGUAUGAUGAGCAAUUUGACAAAACUGAAACCGAGAAAAAGGAUGGUGAUCAUCAUGAAAGUAGAGCUAUGGAUGAGAAUAAUGAUGACCAAAUUGUUUGAUUAUUUGGAAUCUAUCCUGUGGUCUGUCGUUGUUCAUUACUGGAAUUGACAUUCAAAUUAAAGUUAGACAUUUCAUUGCCAUGUCGAAUGUAAUAUUUGACAGUUAUUGAUUGUUGAAA